AUGGCCACCCAACCUUCCGUGGUUUGGGAUGGACAUAACUACCCCCAGCCCGCCAUGAUGCACAGCGCUUUUUUCUCACAAACCAUUAUGCCCAUGGUCCAGCCCAAUAGUUUCCUCCCAAGUGAAACUUUGCCCCAAAAUAACAUGGCGUUACCUACACCUUGCCUUCGAAGCGCCUUUGAUCCUUGCCUCCCCCAUUUUCCAGACACUGACAUCCUCGUGUCCCGACCACCUCCCAAAGACCACUUCUCUCAGCAACUUCCUGGCCCCUCUCUAGGUCACCUCCCAUCUUCUCCAGAGGAAUCUUCGGAGUGGUCAGUUGGCUCUCAAGAAUCCUUUUCCUCUCCCCCAAGCACGCCUCCCGAUCUUUCUCCUCCUUCAUUCUGGGACAAUCUAGAUCCCUGGGACAGCAAUGCCAUCGGGUAUCAAUAUGUCAUUCUCCCAGAACGGGAUGUGGGCUGGGGCCAAUUGUUUUGUGGCUCAGGUGAGGAACUAGGUGCCAACGUGACCUCUUCUAGUGAGGUUAGCAACCCGUGCCCUGUCGCCGCCGCCGCUCCUGCUGUCGGGUCUGAUUCCCGGCAGGCAUUUCGUUGUUCGUGCUGUCGUAAGCACCAGCCGGCAAUGAGGUUCUCUCGAGAUGGCAGCAUCCCAACCGAGCAGACUCGCCAUAAGGAACCAAAGGGGGAUCAGAGCAGCGAUGGGUCCCAGGCCGAAAAGCCCUGCAUUAUUUGCAGAGCUCAGCGGCCGGUUGAAGGCUUUCCAUCGGUAGGGGCUAGACCUUCGCGGAGAUGCUCCCGCUGUAUCGAGGAAGGUCGACAGCCGGAGGAGCGCCCCCUCAAGCGGCCCAGGUCGGGUUCCAAGGAGAGCACGCCUUCUUCCUCGCGUGCGUCUCCAACGCAAGCCAGUCAGCCUGGCCACGCAUACUGUUCCGGCUGCAGCAAGACCCAAGCGGUCGACCGGUUCGCGGACCCGCGUCGGGAGGGUCGCUUGUUGCGAACUUGCCUUCAGUGUCGUACGCGGAAGAAUACGGCAGAUAGAAAGAAGAGGGAGAAAAGGUUGGAGAAGAAUUAA